AUGACUGUGGUAGAGAAUGCAAAAAAUGAGUUAAUUCCUACUCGCACCAUGACUAGGUGGAGAGUUUGCAUUGAUUAUAGAAGGCUCAACAAAGCAACCCGCAAAGACCAUUUCCCGCUUCCAUUCAUUGACCUAAUGUUGGAAAGAUUGGCAGGGCAUGAAUAUUAUUGCUUCCUUAAUGGUUAUUCGGGGUUGCUUGAAAAGGAUGUAACUUUCAAUUUUGAUGACACAUGCCUGAAGGCAUUUGAAGAGAUAAAAAAGAAGAUGGUGGCUACUCCCAUUAUUGCAGCACCAGAUUGGUCCUUACCAUUUGAACUUAUGUGUGAUGCAAGUGACCAUGCUAUUGGGGUAGUGCUAGGCCAGAGGAAAGACACGGUGUUUUAUUCCAUCUACUAUGCGAGUAAGACUCUUGAUGAUGCAUAA